AUGACCGUGUCCAUCAAAUCGAACAAAACCGUCAAAAAGGACAACGCUUUGCACACUACAUUCACUUAUGAGAAUGCCAUUGUUGAAAAGGACGGUGCUGGUACACUUUCCGUCACUCCCACUGCGGUGGACUACGACUUCAAGGUUGACUUGAAGGUGCCUAAAACCGGUUUGCUUUUAGUUGGAUUGGGUGGUAAUAAUGGUACCACCUUGGUAGGAUCGGUGGUGGCUAACAAGCACAAUAUUUCAUUCCAGAACAAGGAAGGUGUUAUUAAGCCUAACUACUAUGGCUCGGUGACCCAGUCAUCUACUCUCAAAUUGGGAGUUGAUAGUGAGGGCAAUGAUGUGUAUGCUCCAUUUAACUCGCUUCUUCCAUUUGUCAACCCUAACGAUUUGGUGGUUGAUGGUUGGGAUAUCAGCUCGAUGAAAUUGGACGAUGCCAUGAAGAGAGCCAAGGUGUUGGAUGUGGACUUGCAGCGCCAAUUGUACCCUUACAUCGACAAGAUCAAGCCCAAAAGCUCCAUCUACUACCCUGACUUCAUUGCCUUAAACCAGAAGGAAAGAGCCGACAAUGUGUUCAAUGUUGACUCCAAUGGUGAAGUUGACACCAAGAAUAAAUGGAGAGAUGUCGAGAAGAUCAGAAAGGAUAUCCAGGACUUCAAAAAAGAAAAUGAUUUGGACAAGGUGAUUGUCUUGUGGACUGCCAAUACCGAAAGAUACGCUGAAUUAAUUGACGGAGUCAACGAUACCGGUGACAAUUUGCUCAAGGCGAUCAAGGAAAACCACGACGAAGUUUCUCCUUCCACUGUUUUCGCCGUCGCUUGUAUUUUGGAACAAGUUCCAUACAUCAACGGUUCACCACAAAACACAUUCGUUCCUGGAGUGAUCGAGUUGGCUGAAAAACACCAAUCUUUCAUUGGAGGUGACGAUUUCAAGAGUGGUCAGACCAAGAUCAAGUCAGUUUUGGCCCAAUUUUUGGUCGAUGCCGGAAUCAGACCAGUUUCCAUUGCAUCGUACAACCAUUUAGGUAACAAUGAUGGUUACAACUUGUCGGCCCCUAAGCAAUUCAGAUCCAAGGAGAUCUCUAAGGCUUCCGUGGUUGAUGAUAUCAUCGAGUCCAACGAGAUUUUGUACAACAAGGAGAAGGGCGACAAGAUUGACCACUGUAUUGUCAUCAAGUACUUGCCUGCAGUUGGUGAUUCCAAGGUGGCUAUGGAUGAGUACUAUUCCGAGUUAAUGUUGGGAGGACACAACAAGAUUUCCAUCCACAAUGUGUGUGAGGAUUCUCUUUUGGCUACACCAUUGAUUAUUGACUUGGUGGUAAUGACAGAAUUCUUCCAAAGAGUCAACUACAAGAAAGUUGGUGCUGAAAAAUACGAAGAUUUCUAUGCUGUGUUGACACUUUUGAGUUACUGGUUGAAAGCCCCAUUGGCUAAGCCAGGAUUCAAGGCCAUCAAUGGAUUGAACAAACAAAGAUUAGCUAUCGAGAACUUGUUGCGUCUUUUGGUGGGAUUGCCAAUCAACAACGAAUUGAGAUUCGAGGAGAGGUUGCAGUAA